AUGCAAGUUGAUUUUAAUACAUGGCACAAGCAACCUGCUCUUAAAACUCCAUCACCUUUUGAGAAGCAAAUGUCAAAUAUUUAUACACAUGAAGUAUUCAAAAAAUUCCAAGUUGAAGUCAUGGGAUUAUCCGGAUGUCAUCUAAUGAAUAAGGUAGAUAACCAACUCAACUCUCUUACAAUAUUUGACUUUGAGAAAAAUGAAGAAUUUGUUGUAGAGUGGAAUGCAACGAAAGUGGAAAUUUCUUGUGUAUGUCACUUGUUUGAGUAUAGUGGAUAUCUUUGUAGACACUCGUUAAUGGUCCUCCAAUCUAAUGGUGUCUUUAGUGUCCCAUCACACUAUAUAUUACGAAGAUGGACAAAGGAUAUUAGAAGUCUACACAAAAGAAAAAUGAAUGAAGAUACUUGUUCCAAUAAGGAUAGAUAUGAUCUUUUAUAUCAAAAGGCUUUCCAAUUGUUGGAGGAAGGAUCAUUGAGUAAUGAGAUUUUUAACUUUGCAUAUCGUUCACUUGAAAAUGCCUUGAAACAAUGUGCAAUCAUUAAUCAAUCGAUGAAAAAUAGCAAAGAAAAUGUAGGGAAGAACAAAUUACUCGAGAAGAAACUACUUGAUCCAAACGUGUCAAAAACAAAAGGGGCUCCGAGAAGAAUAAAUAGUGGCAUUGAGAAAGUUCAUAAGAAAAUAUGUACUGGUAGAAUGAAAAAGGUUAGACUUUAUUAA